CUAAACAAACGAAGCCCAGCGGAGCCCAACCGUCAUGAUUAGGUCGAUGUCCAUUUGCACCUUGUGUGUUAAAAGUGUUGUGACAACUAGAAAACAGUAUGUGUCCAACGUUCCAAAUAAGCAAACGACAUAACGAGAACAAAAACUAACAAAGCACUGAAAACCGUUGGCCUUGAAACUAUGUAGUAUGUUCUCAUUCACCCUCUGUCCCUCUCCCUCUCUCUAAAAAUAGCUCUUCUUCCCCAUCUUUCACGAUUUAUGGUUAUUCAUGGCGAACUAACUCAUCUGGGUUUUCAAAUCCCGACCUCCAAUUCAAACCUAAACCAAUGGAAAUUCUCUGCUAAAUUCUCUGUUCUCUGUUUUGAACGGUGAUGGGGAGGGACCAUUCUCCGGAGCUUGAGAUCAAGGUCCGUCCCCGACGAAGCGAAUAUGAAUCGGCCCGUCCGCCCUCAGGAUCACGGCAUUCCCAAAAGCCCCAGCAGCUGUUCAGGCAAUGGGACCCCUGGUUGGUGCCAACCUUCACUGUGGUCAACAUUGUCCUGUUUAUAGUUACAAUCUACAUCAAUGAUUGUCCUCAUCACUCCGGCUCUUGUUUCGGCGAGGAAUUCUUGGGACGCAUGUCCUUCCAGCCCCUCAAAGAGAACCCACUUCUCGGUCCCUCGGCCACAACCCUACAGCUUAUGGGGGCUCUAGAUGUGAAGAAAGUGAUCGAUGAUAAACAAGCAUGGCGUCUUUUCACUUGUAUGUGGUUACAUGCUGGGGUACUUCAUAUUGUCACCAAUAUGUUUAGUCUGCUAUUUGUUGGCAUUCGACUUGAGAAGGAGUUUGGAUUUGGGCGGAUCGGGAUACUGUACAUUGUAUCUGGAAUGGGCGGGAGUUUGUUGUCAGCUUUGUUAGUCCGGGCAACCAUUUCUGUUGGUGCCUCUGGUGCACUAUUUGGUUUACUUGGGGCAAUGCUUUCGGAACUUAUUACAAAUUGGACAAUAUAUGCUAAUAAGUUGGCAGCACUUUUCAGUCUCAUUCUCAUCAUCGCAAUUAAUUUAGCUGUGGGAAUCCUGCCGCACGUGGACAACUCUGCCCAUGUUGGGGGAUUAGUUACUGGUUUUUUUGUUGGUUUCGUGUUUUUUAUACGCCCCCAGUUUGGGUGGGUUAACCAGAAAAGUGGUCCCCGAAAUAAUAUUGGGAGCUCAAUUAAAUCCAAAUAUAAGACAUAUCAAGUUGUAUUAUUGGUUCUCUCCCUCAUACUUCUAAUCACCGGAUUUGCUGGUGGCCUGGUUUCACUUCUCCGAGGAGUUGAUGGGAAUGACUACUGUUCCUGGUGUCACUACUUAAGUUGUAUUCCUACCUCAAAAUGGAAAUGUCAUUCGCAAAAAGUGUAUUGCGAGUCCAACCUAAUUGGGAAGGAUCUGAGCUUGACAUGCCUAAGCAACGGCAAGAAGAAGAGUUACACGUUGACAGACAGUAGCCACACUUCGGAGAUGGAGCAGUUCUGUUCUGAGCUCUGCAGCAGCUGAUGUAUACAAGAGUGCACGUAGGAGAAACACUGAAGACGGUGUGAGCAAUGUCACUGAAAGUCUUGGUGUAUCUACUCCAUUUGUGCAUCUGUAGAAAAUAUAUGACUUGCUAAAAGUAAUUCUUUUAUUUUUACAAUUCUUUUUUUCUUUCUACCAUUUGUGAGACCUUUACAUAAAAAAAAAAGUUUUGUAACUAAGAUGGGUGUUUGAAAUCUUGUUGCAUCUCUAUUGUCUCACGACUCUCAUUGAUGUUAAAACUGCAGCCAGAGAA